UGCCAGCCAUGAUCACUGGGUGCGCCAGCCUCACUACCGUGGAUUUUGCUCUCAUCAAAACAGCAUCUUCUGACCUUCUGUCUGUUCCGCCUUAAGCGAGAGGCACGGUCCAGCAUCAUGCGCAAUUGGGGCCGUGGAAAAUCUUUCCAAGACGCUGGGGGAAGAUUUGGGAGAGUGAAUAAUCUUUACAAAGGCACGGAACGAGGAUGGGGCAAGCACCAAACACCCCGCGGAUUGUGUCGAGAGUUCCAAAGGACCGGUCUGUGCAGAUUCGGGGCAAGGUGCAAAUUCUCUCAUGAUCGCUCUGCGGAAGAGAGUGGCGAGCGUCCCCAACAAGCGCGACCACCAAGGGUCGAAGAGACCGACGAACAACGGCGGGCCAAGGAUGACUACCACUCCUGGAGAAGGCUCCUCAAGACGCCCCCACGAUCAGACGACACAUGGACGAUGCAACAGUUAUGGGACGAGGCGCUUGCAAUACUAACUGGGGAUGAACAAGAAUGGAAGCAGACGCUCCCGAGGGACCUGGAUAACGAAGACUACUACGGUCGCGAGCACAUCCGGACGCUGCUAAACAGGCGAACCAGUUCUGGGGACCACGGCGGAUUUGUUCGACUCGUCCAACCUUUCCUCCUCGUCGUCACGCAUUCGGCUCUCCUAGAUUGCCUCUCCGUGGAUACAUUUGUAGGGGCUCUGUAUAACUUUAUCGGUGGCCCGAAUGGCAAUCGGGCAAUACCUUUCUUCCAGCAUCUGUGCGAGGCCGUGGUCCAUACACACCUUGAUGGUAUGUCCGCGGCCAGGGCCUCACCACUGGAAACAACGCUCAUCGCCGCAUCGACCGCCCUCCGCGAGCUCGUCAGAAGAGAGCCACGGGUCAGAUUCAACGAUGACCUUCCGGUUCUACUCGACUCUCUGGAAGGUGCCGUGCGGUUCAUCGCUGAAGACGCGCGUUCACAAGUUUCCCCAAUUGUACUUGGCCACAUGAGCGAGGUAGGAGCAGUGGUCUCUCGUGCCAAAGGUUUAUUGGUCCAGGAGGGCGAACAGCAAGAAGCGCUGCCUACCGGGACAGCAACAUCGAGGUAUCCCCAUACCUUGGUCAUGCCUCGAGAUCGCCACGACAACGACAAGGCGGACAUGACCAAAAUCAAGAUCUUCCCGACCCGCGCGGAGAUUCUGAGCGACGAGCCUGAGUUUUUGCCGUCCACCGACCCGGACGUGGCCCAUUUCCUCGACGACCAAGCUGAGCGUCACCUAGACACGCACUUCCGCCUGCUUCGGUAUGACACGUUUGGUGAAUUGAAAGACCUGCUCGGUGGUCUCAUGCAGGCCGUGGAGGACGACCCCACCAACCCAAAGCUGAAUCUUGGUGAUUUCCGAGCUCACCAAUACGCCGACGCGUACAUCAACUACGUGUCCUUUGAUAGUCGCCGAGGGCUCGAACUGGACCUGUCAUUUACGAUGCCCACCGCCGCACGCAAGAAAUCCAGCUCCGAAAGACGGAAAUGGUGGGAAGAAUCGAGACGGCUUGUCGAAGGCGUCCUCCUCUCCUUCAUUGCAUGUCAGCAGGGCGAGGUUCAACAUUUGUUCUUCACCGUGACUCGAAAACACACAGACACUGGUAAGGGUCAUCAUCUCGCCAUGAAAGACCAUCAAGGCACGAUUACCGCCAAGCUAGCGAGUCACGAUCAGAGGGAUGUCGAAUCGGCACUGCGCCUGAGCUGCUACAAGGCACGCGGGCGACUGAUCGAGUUUCCCGGCAUCCUGCCCGCCACCUUCACUCCCAUACUUGAAAAUUUGCAGGACAUGCAGCGGCUGAGCCGACUGCCAUUCCGCCGAUGGAUUCUGCCUGACAGGAUGAGUGACCUGCAAGAAACAACCAUGAUCAGCAUUCCCCCACCGCUGUACGCCCGAAAACCCGGUUUCAUCUAUUCCUUGAACUCUCUUCUCACGCCCGGCCGUCUCGAUGACGGGGCCAUCUCUAUCGACCCAGCUUCGUCCGCAAACGAUUCAACAAUCGUCGAUCAAAUGGAAGCUCGGACAAGUUUGGAUCGUGGCCAGUGUCGCGCGUUGCUUGUGGCACUGACCCAGGAGUUCGCGUUUAUUCAGGGCCCGCCCGGCACUGGGAAGUCGUACUUGGGCAUUCAGCUGAUGAAAGUCCUCAUGCAAUGCAAGCAAACCGCCGAUUUAGGACCCGUGGUUGUCGUCUGUUAUACGAACCACGCUUUGGAUCAGUUCUUGGAACAUUUACUCAUGAUCGGUGUGAACAAAAUUGUCCGGAUCGGAGGCCAGAGCCAGUCGAGCCUGCUGGAAGACCACAACCUUCGGAAGGUAUCUCAAACCGAGGCGAAGACCAGGUCGGAAAGGGGUCUCCUUGCCAAGCACUAUGAUGCACUGGACCUUGAGGAAACCCGCAUCAAAGCCGACCUUGGCAGAAUACAUGGUGUACGGAAGCGAGGGAACUGGUCCCAUUUCCGACACCAUCUUGAGCGAAAGUAUCCACGUAUCUGCGCCCAGUUUCGGCAGAUUGAUGAGGACGGAUUCCAGGCCGUCCGCCCUCAUCCCUUCGAGCGGUGGGCGCCACCUGGAAAGUCGUUCACGCGACCAGGAACCAUGAACGAGGCUAAUUUCCUGGUCGGAGACCAGCAGCUAGAUGCCGUCCUUCAGAAGGCUCAAACCAACGUUUACUCGUUGCUACCACAAGAAAGACGUAUGCUGGUGGAAUUCUGGAGUCAGGAGAUUCAUGACGACGCACUAGACGAUCUCUUCGAAAAAGUGAAGAGGACCGAUUUCACGCAACGGCAGUUGACCAAUAUCUAUGAUGAGGUCGACCGACGGGUUUUGCAACAGGCCGAUGUCAUUAGCAUCACGACGACGGGCCUCGCCAAACGGAUUUCGACCCUGAAGCGCGUAAAAUGCAAGGUCGUCGUGUGUGAAGAAGCGGGGGAGGUCAUGGAAGCGCACAUGAUUUCUGCGUUGCUUCCCACCAUCGAACAUUUCAUCCAAAUUGGCGACCAUGAGCAGUUGCGCCCGCAGAUCAAUAAUUUCGUCGCCUUGUCACUGGAGAGCAGGCAGGGUGCGUUGUAUCAAUUAGACCGCAGUCAAUUUGAGCGACUCUCGGUCGGCCAGCCGGGGAGGCCCAGGAUGCCGGUCGCUCAGCUCAAUGUCCAGCGGCGGAUGCGGCCAGAGAUCGCAUCACUGGUUCGGGAAACUCUUUACCCCGGCUUAUCGGACCACGCGAGCACCGCCGGUCUCCCGGACGUUGUUGGCAUGCGAAAGAAUCUCUUUUGGCUUGACCACAAUCAUUUGGAGGAGGGCCAACACUCCGAAACGCACCAUAAAUCACAUUCGAACGUGUGGGAAGUGGAGAUGGUGCAUGCGCUAGUCCGCCAUGUCGUCCGUCAGGGAGUGUACGACAGCAGCGACGUCGCCGUCUUGACCCCGUACACCGGGCAACUUCAAAAGCUCCGUUCCGCCUUGCGAGCCGAUUUCGAGAUCGUUCUCAGUGACCGGGACCAAGAUGCGCUAGAGAAAGACGGAUUCGGCCUAGGAGCCACCGGUCCGGGAGAGACCGGCAGGGACGACCAGUCCGGUCAGCAGAGGAAGGCGCCUUUGGAGAAGAAGAAGCUCAGCGAACUCCUCCGGGUCGCGACCGUCGAUAACUUCCAGGGUGAAGAAGCCAAGGUUAUCAUCGUGUCCCUGGUGAGGAGCAAUAACGCGAAUAAGGUGGGCUUUCUCAGGACGACGAAUCGGAUCAACGUUCUCCUCAGUCGCGCGCAGCAUGGUAUGUAUCUCAUUGGCAACGUGGAUACUUAUUCGAACGUCCCCAUGUGGGCCAAAGUCAUUGACCUGCUCCGGGCCUCGGACUCCGUCGAUACCUCCUUGGGCCUUUGCUGCCCUCGGCAUCCAGAUACGCCCAUCCAAGUUUCGGAGCCCGAGGAUUUUCCCAGGCUGAGUCCGGAAGGGGGAUGUCGGUUGGCCUGCCCCUGGCGUCUGGGCAACUGCGGUCACAUGUGUCAGGCCAGAUGCCAUUCAGAAAGCAUGCACAGUGUGUUUUCAUGUCCACAACCGUGUCAACGCCGCCACGAACCGUGCCAGCAUGCAUGUCAGAAACAAACUUGCGGGGAGGAUUGUGGAAAGUGUCAGGUCCGAUUGCAGGACGUCCAGCUGCCCUGCGGCCACUUGAAAGACGACGUCUUAUGCCACCUCGCACAAAACACUGCGACCAUCUAUUGCAAGAGUCUCGUACCUAAGAAAGCCCCUGGGUGCGAUCACACCCUGGAAGUGGCCUGCUCGCUGGACGUGGCGUCGGAUCGUUUCCGAUGCACCACGGCUUGCGCCACCAUCCUUACUUGCGGCCACCCCUGUCCCGGUACUUGUGGGGAAUGCAACACUUGGACCGGACCGGGCGAACGUGUUGUUUCUCAUAAAAAGUGUGAGAAAGUCUGCGGGAGGCCGUUUGGGACUUGUAAUCACACGUGUCGCAAACGCUGUCACGAUGGCAAUGAUUGUGGUCCCUGCCUGUCUUUUUGCGAGGUCCGCUGUCAACACUCCCAGUGUACGCGGCGAUGCGGGGAAGCGUGUGCUCCAUGUGUCGAAAGGUGUACGUGGUCUUGUGAGCACCAGGGGGGAUGCACCAUGCCCUGUUCAGCUCCCUGCAACAGAUUACCAUGCGACCAGCGCUGCUCCAGAGAACUCCCCUGCGGUCACCAAUGCCCGGGAGUGUGCGGCGAGACUUGCCCCAAGGAUUACUGCCACCGGUGUGGCACGAAGGAAGGCGCCCGAGUGGAUCUCCUCGAGAUGACAACGUACGCCGAAGUGGAUGUGAACAAAACACCGAUCGUCGUUCUCGGAUGCGGCCACUUCUUCACCACAGAAACCCUUGAUGGCCUGGUAGGGAUGUGUGAUGUCUACGUCACCGACCAGGCCGGCCGAUACGCAGGGCUUGCAGAUAUAUCCGGCGCUCUGGCCAGCAGGAUUCCGAAGUGCCCCGAUUGUCAACGUCCGGUGAGACAGUAUGUCACGCAGCGGUACAACCGCUUGAUCAACCGGGCGGUUAUCGACGAAAUGUCCAAGCGGUUCCUCGUCAAUGGGAAGAUGGAGCUGAGCGGACUCGAACGCCAGGUCGAUGAAUUGGAAAAAGAAUUCAAGAACACUCUUUUGGAGAUGAUCCGCGCCAUCACUGAGCGCGAUCGAGCGAGGCAGGUGGAAAAGGUUGCCCAACAGGUCCAAACUCGAUACGAAUCAUCUCGUCGGCUGGGAAAAGAGAUCAGCGCCUUCCUCAGAAAGGUCGCCGAUCAUCAUCAGCCCGCCCACAAACUCCACCAGGCAAUAGUCCACGCCGUCGCCACCAGGGUGGACAAUUCGAAAUCUCCCGAUGAGGCAAUGGCAUCCCUAAGUAUCGCGGACACAACCGACCCAGUGGCUCCGGUCGAGCGCGACCGCCGCAUUACGCUUGGUGGGCGAAUGGUGGAGACCAAGGCCGAAUGCAUCGUCCUCGAAGACAAGUUCCACAUUGCGUCCGCGGCCAAGUCCGCCGCAGCCUCGUGGUCCGCCGACACGAGCGCCCCUGCAAUAAAAUGGGCCAUGGCCGGCGGCUCUCCCGAGAAGCUUACCAAGCCUUUCCUCCAGAUCUGCGCGACGCUCAUCAGAGAUUGCAACACUGAGAGUCUUCCCAAGCUUGCGGUCGAAGCUUCGCUGUACUUUGCGAGAAUUGUGCAGCUGUAUCGGUCCUCUGGGUUGUCUGGCUGCAAUGACGACGGGAAAGCCACACGCUACGCGAACGAGGCAAGAGAGUUACUAGGAAAGGCUGUCGAGCUCUGCGACCAGCCGUUCCAGAACGCCGAGCAGCUGAAAACGGCGGCCGAGGAGAGUAUCAAGUUGCUAGGAAGGGAAUGGUACGAACCCGUCACUUCCGCCGAGCUCGCCUCCAUCAAGCAGGCGAUGGUAGGCGGGUCGAAGGGAAUGGCAACGCACUCGGGCCAUUGGUAUAAUUGCAUCAACGGACAUCCGUUUGCUAUCGGCGAAUGUGGGAUGCCCAUGGAGCAUGCUCGUUGCCCAGAAUGCGGAGCACCCAUUGGAGGAUCGAAUCAUCAAGCUGUUACGGGCGUCACUCGUGCUACGGAAAUGGAGGGGUGACGAGGUUGUUUGUGCAGCAGCAUUGUGCUUGCGAACUGACCAACCAGAAUGACUCCCGGCAAAUGUCCAGUCCUCGAUGCCGCAGCCUCCAGGUAUUCCUGCGGCUUACCGUUCUGGAAGAAGCCGUAGAGACCCAGUACUCUCAUUUCGGGAAACAAACAGGGGCCAUGGCUUCGUAGCAAUGGUACCCCGGAAGGGCUGUGAGAAAAUGCAUUCCUGCUGCACUUACAAUCUCCAAGGUGUGUCGGGCCCGGAAGGCUCCCUUGGGACCAGCACGUCCGGAUCUGCGCUAUGCCACCAAUCCCUUUUUCAGCUCACUACCCGACUUGACGAUACACACAAUGAGCGCGGGCUUGUGGCGAUUUGCGCGAAGUGUAGGCGACCGAUAGUCUCUCGCCGCGAGUCGCGCCACCGAAACCCACCCCAGCAUUGCGGCCCGAGGACUUGUGUGCUUUGCGCCGUGUGCGAUCGAAGAGACCCGAUUAAGUGCUCUGGCCCGGCCUUCCAAGUUUUUUGCUCUUCAUCUUGCACCCUAGGCCCUUCCCCGCGAUGGAUCCCCGGGCAAAUCACUGGGCAAUUAACACGCCACCCUAUGGUCGCAAUCCCACCUGCUCAGAACAGACAGAGAGAAGAAUUACAGUACGAACCGAUAACAGCAAUGACGGACGACCCGUUCUAUACCUGUCCAGCCUGGGGAAAGUUCUCCUGUUUCCCGGACACGAGUGGCACUCAUCUUGAGAAUCCUGUUUGUGACUGUCCAAGUUUUCAUUUAAGCCGCGACUACAGGUUGCCGGAGAAAAAGACGAACAAGUCAUUCCGCGGGCGUUGCACUUUACUUGUGCCGUUGGAGGGUGUGAUUAUUUUGAUUAUAUGCGAGAGAUGGCAGCGGAAAAAUAGUGGCAUUACGUGGAGGCACAUUGCAGAGGCAAAGGAUGGUUGAGGCAGGCUUACAAGGCAUGUUUGCUCCUCAAGUGAGUACGCUCUACGCAGCGGUUGGGAUUACAAUCCUUGCUCGUGCAAUGAAUAACUCGCCAUGCCGCAUGUUUUCGCGUGGCGCAUUUUCAGCUACGUCCCCUCUAUGACCAUAAGUACCACACUG